UAUAUAAAGAAAAUUAGGAAAAAUAAAAAGUCUAUAUGGAUCCUCUCUCAGAAAUCUUCUCUUUUCAUGAAAUCCAAGAUUAUGAUCUUUAUCAUCAGGAGAUUCAGAUCCCCUCUACUCCAUGUCAAAUACCCCAACAAGAUUUGGUCAAGGUUGACACUAAUUCCUUGGCAAGAAAUGAUACUAAUAAAAAGAAAAGAUCAAGAAGAUUAUUAUCAAGUGUUUCAAAAGACAGUACUAGUAAUGAGAUCAUGGAUCAAAACAAGCUCAUAAAAAGAAUUGCACAUAGAGAUAUUGAAAGACAAAGGAGGCAAGAAAUGGCUCAUCUUUAUGCUUCUCUUAGAUCACAUCUUCCUCUUGAAUUUCUCAAGGGAAAACCUUCGGCAUCAGAUCAUUUGGAACAAGCUAUGAAUUACAUCCAACACCUUGAGAAUAAUAUUAAUGAUUUUGAAAAAAAGAGAGACAAGCUGAAUCUUUUUGCCCAUUAUUCCAACAGGGAGGAUAAGGAAAGCAUCCAUAAAUAUAAUUUAGAAGAGCAUGUGACAGUGAAUUCUUGUCAAGAUGGUCUGGAGAUUUUGAUCAAAAACAAGUUUGGAAAAGAAGGGCUUCCUCUUUCAAAAGUGCUUGAAGAACUCAUGAAGAGAAAAUUAAAUGUUGUUACUUGUGUUUCUACUACAGUAGAUGAAACAUCCCUCCACAAAAUUCAGGUUGAGGACACCGAUGUUUCAUGCAUGGAUGUAUCUACACUUGAAGAAAAGCUAGCCGAGAUGAUGCUUAAUUUGUCUUAAGAGGAGGUUCAUGAGUAAUGGUGGCAAUGGUGAGCAUAAGAACAGGUAGGGGUAGGCAGAAGAAGUAUUGGGAAGAGGUGGUUACGCAAGUCAUGUCAUAUAUUCAACUUACCGAGGACACUACACUUAAAAAUAUGAAAUCGAAAAUUAGGGUAGAAGAUUAAUAGGUACUCGAGCAUAUUUCUUUUGCAUACCAGUAAUAUUAGUAUUAUUCUCGUAUUUUUUUUAUUCUUAGA